UGAGCCGGUCAGCUGUUUAUCAAUUAUGAUAAAUAAUGCGCUCGGAUCAGAGGACAGUAUCAGCAUGGAUCAAAAACCUGAAGAACGCACGCAAAGCCAAAGCCACAGAUGUCAGCUGCUGGACCUGCCGUGGGAGGAUGUGUUAGUUACACACGUGUUCUGUUACCUGCCGCUGCGUCACCUGGUCAGCUUACAGUGCGUCAGCAAGAGCUUGCGUUCUCUCAUCCAGGUGUAUCUGGCCAACUGCCGGAAGUUUGACCCUGCACAGACGGGGCCUCACAUUCCUAAAGAAGCCUUUUGCUCAAUGCUUCGCCACAACCAAGUUCUCCACCACCUCUGCGUCAGCAACUGCUCCGAUUGGAUCACGGACAAAGAGCUGCUGCCGGUGAUUGGUCAGAACCAGCACCUGCUGCGUGUGGACAUGCGCGGCUGCGUUCACCUGAGCCGUCACGCGCUGGUGGCCGUGUCUCUGAGCUGCCCGCGGCUGCAGCACCUGAGCCUGGAGCACUGCGAGUGGGUGGACAGUCUGGCGCUGCGCAGCCUGGCCGAUCACUGCUCGGACCUGCGCUCGCUGGACGUCACCGCCUGCAGACAGCUGAAGGACGAGGCUGUGUGCUACCUGGCGGGGAAGUGUCCGGUGCUGCGCUCGCUCUCCGUGGCUGUUAACGCCAACAUCACGGACACCGCGGUGGAGGAGGUGGCCAAAAAGUGCAGAGAGCUGGAGAAGCUGGACCUCACUGGGUGCCUGCGAGUGAGAAACGAAGCCAUCAGGACGUUAGCAGAGUACUGCCCCAAACUGCAGUCUCUCAAGGUGAACCACUGUCACAACGUAACCGAGUCCAGUCUGGGCGUUCUGCGCCGGCGUAACGUGGACAUCGAUGUGGAGCCUCCCCUGCAGAGGGCGCUAGUGCUGCUGCAGGACGUGGUGGGAUUCGCUCCCUUCAUUAACCUGCAGAUUUAGCACAACAGUCCAGAAGAGGUCCUCUCUCAUCCAAGAUCUUACUCUGGAAGGCCGACUUUUGAAACGACACACUUUUACUCCAAUGCAAUAUCACAGAAGACACGACAACAAAUCCACAUUUCAAGUGCUUGAUUGUUUUAGUGUAUUUUAGCAAUUAAGAAACUUUCUUUGGUUUGAAACCAAGCUGCAGGCUUUCAGAAUGACGACUCGAGCCAAUCUGGUCCCAUUGUUAAUGGUAUUUAUGAUAAUCGUUAGAAGGAAGUUCUUAUUGAAGCAGCUUUCUGUUUUCAUGCAGGAACCAAAAGAUGUGUCAUUUUGCACUUAUGAAAUACUGAAAUAUUUGCACUUUUUUUCAGUACAUCUGCACAUUACAGUCCUUCAG